GAGAGAGAGGUGAGAGAAGAAGAAAGCGAGCAGAGGUUGGCGUCACUAGGAGAGAGAGGACCAUGCUGGAUUGACUGCAGACAAGCAACCGCAAUCGAUGGCUGGGCUUUGAAAUCGUUCACAAUUUAUCGGCAAGGGAAGGAGAGGAGCGAGGAGAGGAGUGAGACGAGCGAGAGAGCGCGUGUUGUGCGUGCGUGCGUGUGCGUGCGUCGGUCCGUCCGAGCGGGGUGGAAUUAAAGAUCCCCCCUCUUUAUUUCCUCCCCCAAACAUGGAGCUUACAAUGGAGAACAUUGGCAACCUGCACGGCGUGGCUCACUCCCACCAAAGCGGGGACCUCAUGAACUCCCCCCACCACGCGCGGCAGUCGUCGGUGGCGUCGCACCGGAACUUGGUGUCAUCCCACGGCCGCUCGGCCAUGGUGUCCAGCAUGGCCUCCAUCCUGGAGGGCGCGGGCGAUUACCGCACCGACCACACGCUGUCCGGACCCUUGCACCCGGCCAUGAGCAUGUCGUGCGACUCGGGCGGCAUGAGCCUGAGCAGCACCUACACCACCCUGACGCCGCUGCAGCACCUGCCGCCCAUCUCCACCGUGUCAGAGAAGUUCCACCACCCGCACGCGCACGCUCACCACCAUCACGCGGCGCACCAGCGACUGGCGGCGGGCAACGUGAGCGGCAGCUUUACGCUCAUGCGGGACGACCGCAGCCUCGCCUCUAUGAGCAACCUGUACGGCCACUACCCCAAGGACAUGUCCGGCAUGGGCCAGUCGCUGUCCCCGCUUUCCAACGGCCUCGGACCCUUGCACGGCUCCCAGCAGUCCCUCGGCGCCUACGGCCCCGGAGCUCACCUCUCCAACGACAAGAUGCUCUCCGCAGGGGGGUUCGACUCCCACGCCGCCAUGCUGUCCAGGGGUGAGGAGCACCUGGCGCGGGGGCUCGGCGGACACGGCGCCGGCCUGAUGACGUCCCUCAACGGCAUCCACCACCACAGCCACCCGCACUCUCAGGCCAACGGCUCCAUGCUGUCAGAGCGGGAGCGGCAGACGGUGGUGGGGGGCGCGCAGGGGGGCGGCUCCGGCCAGGUGGAGGAGAUCAACACCAAGGAGGUGGCCCAGCGAAUCACGGCCGAGCUCAAACGCUACAGCAUCCCGCAGGCCAUCUUCGCCCAGAGGAUCUUGUGCCGCUCGCAGGGCACCCUGUCCGACCUGCUGCGGAACCCUAAACCGUGGAGUAAACUCAAGUCGGGUCGCGAGACCUUCCGGAGGAUGUGGAAGUGGCUCCAGGAGCCCGAAUUCCAGCGGAUGUCGGCGCUGAGGCUUGCAGCCUGCAAGCGCAAAGAACAGGAGCAACACAAAGACCGCAACACCGCUCCCAAGAAGCAGCGGCUGGUCUUCACGGACCUGCAACGGCGCACGCUCAUCGCCAUCUUCAAGGAGAACAAGCGACCAUCCAAGGAAAUGCAGAUCACCAUCUCCCAGCAACUGGGCCUGGAGCUCAGCACCGUCAGCAACUUCUUCAUGAACGCCCGGCGCCGCUGCGUGGACCGCUGGCACGACGACCACGGCACCAGCCCCGGGCAGCCGGGCACCUCUGCCACCAAUUUCUCCAAGGCCUGAGAGGAGGAGGAGGGAGGGGGAGGAGGGCAAUCCAGGCCUGGGCGAGCAGGCGUAGCAAAUGAAUCUAUGGACCGUCCAAAUAAGUCCUCGCCCCACAAAAAAAAAUCCUUUGUGCCAUGCAAUCAUCUUUUUUGUCGGUCAAAAACGUCAAGCUCUAAAUCGGGGGGGGAAAAAGUUGAGGUCAGGUCCGCUCUGUAUUAGUCACACAAGGACAAUCAUUAAUUCUGAGUCUUUUUUGGAAAUCAUCUUUAGGGCAUCAAAGUAAAAGAGACACCAAAGAUUUUUCUUUUUAUUUGUUGGACGGUAUUGGGCACAACCGACGUAGCCGCCGAUCCUGACUUUCUGCCCCCCACCCCCCUACGUCACCCCUCUACGAAAGAACGGCAAUAAAUCGAACACAACAGCACACAGCCUUACUCUCCGAGCGCCACACGCAAACCACGUACAGGCUUUCCAGCUCCCUCGCCUCGACAGUACCUCCCCCCACCUCUCAUCUUUCGCCUAAAGGUAUUCCCCGAUGGUCGGCCAUCUCACAAAGCAGCUCCGGCUGAUCACACGGCCAACUAAUGAAUUGAAAGAAAAAAAAUGAAUCAAUGCCAACAGAGCGAGCGGGGCCUCGACCUCUCCCUCAAGGUGAAAACGAAGACGCUCGGCGGCAGGUCUUCCCGGCCCAGGUCUAUAUUUUUUUGCACAGAUGUUGGAGGGCCUGCCAUUGUAAAGCCUGAGUUCUUUGACCUCAACCGGGGGGGAGAGGCCUGGCGACACGUCUCAGACAAGCUCUUUGUUCCACCCGAAGUCCCCCCCCCCUGAUCAAUAAGCCGGAAAGCGACAACUAAGCGACAAAAACACGCUUGGGCAUCCGUCCGGUUUCUAUAGGGAGAGUAAAAGGAGCCCCCAGCGGAGAUGGCGACACAAAAGCAGCAGCACACUUCGAGCAGAGCCACAGUGCGCCCUGCCGGCCAAAGCGUAGACGAGAGAGGCACAACACAUUAAUCAAUAAGCGGCCAUUAGCCUAUUGUUGCUCCUCAUCCAAAGCCGGAAAAGAGGGAGUGGGGGGGGGGGGUUCAAACCCAAUCGGAAAAUCGCAGGGAUCAAGCAAAGACCAAAAAGUUCGAAAGCUUUACAAACAAACAGUGGGAAAGAUACAAAACACAAAAACAGGUGCAGCGGCAGUUAGGGAUUUAAUUUUGGAAGCUUUGUUGUUGUUCCAUUCAAAGUAUUUGGACAACACUGAAAGGAAAACAUCACGAUAACACACGAAGUCCAAAUCGAAGAAUGCCGACAAAGCAGUAGGCAAUUCCAUCUACUAGCUCCUCGGAAAUUCUUCACUUUGACUUGGAAAACUUUAUUCUGAUCUGUGAAAAAAAAAACAAGGCAUU